AUGGCGGACCAGAAGAAAUCUGAGGGCUCCUCCGCAAAAACAACCACCACCAAGACUAACCCGCGGGGUAUCCCCGUUGCGCCGUUCGUCGACAAUGUCACAGACUAUGUCUCGAGCCGCGCGGACGUCGAGCCGACCCUGCGGUCGUUCCAGGAGAUGAUCUCGAAAUACCAGUUCAUGGAGGUCAACACGCAGCGACGGGCGCAGGGUCUGAGGGAGAAGAUCCCGGAUAUCAAGAAGACGUUGGACAUGGUCAAGUUUCUGAAGGCGAGGCGGAAGGCUGGCACGGAUACUCCUAUUGAAACGCAUUUUGAGCUCAACGAUACCCUCUAUGCGCGCGCGACUAUUGCCCCAGAGGACACCGACGAGGUGUAUUUGUGGCUGGGAGCAAACGUGAUGCUGGCAUACCCUAUCGACGAGGCCCAGACCAUGCUGGAGGAAAAGCUGCGCGCCGCCGAGUCGAGCCUGCGCAACUGCGAGGAGGAUCUGGAAUUUCUGCGGGAGCAGAUUACGACACUUGAAGUUGCCACCGCGCGCGUCUACAACUGGGACGUUGUGCAGAGACGAAAGGAAAAGGCAGAGGGAAAGGACGAGGAGGGUGAUGAAAAGGGUCGCCCUGAUGGCUAA